AUGAUUAUUUUUAGAGACAAUUUUGAAAGUGAUCCAUAUGUUGAACUUUGGCUUGAUGAAAAUGAUAAAAAGAAAACUGCUACUAAGAAAGGUCAAGUUAAUCCAAAAUACCAUGAAGUAUUUAACUUUGAAGUCGAUGUUGAUAAACAAAAAACUCUUACUGUCAGAGUGCUUGAUAAAGAUUUAAUCAAGGAUGAUAAACUUGGAGAAGCAAAAGUUAAUUUGCAUGAUGCUAUUACUAAAGGUUAUUCGGAUACUUGGGUUAAAUUAGGACAAAAGAAAGGUGAAAUUCACUUGAUCUUGGAAUUCGCUUAUUAA